AUGUCAAUUCAAUCACGCGUUUCCGAGCUUCGCUUUGUGGUCUCUGCAGAUUGCACAAUUCUGCAAGACUCCACGGAUCCCGAAUUCCGAGAGUAUUGUAAGCGAUGGACUGAUAUCGACCGCAAGAUACCAGCGGCCAUAGUAUUGCCACGAAGGGAGAAAGACAUUCAAAACAUCGUUCAAUGGGCCGUGGAAUCAUCGAUUCCCUUUGUCACGAAGAGUGGUGGAUGUAGUGAAUGGUCAACGAUCGGAGACGAUGGCUUCAUCAUCGACCUUACACUUUACUCAUCGGUCGAAGUCAAUGCUGAAGCUCGUACUGCAACAAUCAAAGGAGGUGUCGUACAGAAGGAAGUUGCUUUGCGUCUUGCCGAGCAAGGCUUGUUCACGGCACUGGGAAAUGGGAACGUCGUCGGCGUGACCGGCUUCGCGCUUGGAGGAGGCUCAUCCAUUACGAACUCAAUCACUGGGUUCGGAUCCGACCAGAUCAUCUCCGCGCGUUUGGUCAGCGCCAAAGGGGAGCUUUUGGAUAUCACAAAAGUCUCACAACCUGAUCUGCUCUGGGCCAUCCGCGGAGCUGGCCACUUCUUCGGCCUCAUAACGGAAGUAGUCAUCAAGGCGUAUCCUUUGUCUCUACUUGGGAGUGAAAAUGGUACUAUCUGGGUUGGCGCAUUUGUGUUCCCAUUGUCACGAGCCGAGGAGGUAGCCAAUGCUAUGAAGAUCUUGAUGGACGACGAUCAUUACGCGACAUCCGGCUUGAUGAUGGUCAUGGCGCCCCCUCCAACAAGGACACCUUCGCUCGUGGUAUCCGCUCGAUAUAUUGGAGAGCCUGCGAAAGCCAAGGAGGCUUACGCACCAUUGUAUGGCCUGAAGCCACUCGUGGCCAACGGUUCGCAGGUGCCAAUCCAAAACACAAGUGAUGGCCGUGAAGCAAUAGGUGCUAAAGGAGAUUUCAAGCAUUUUGGUAUUGUUGGUCUUCGUCGCUUUGAUAGUGCUCGGUUCUUGCAGAGUAUCGAGAAGUGGAAAGAGCUCGUUUCCGAAUGUCCUGAUGCCAUCAAUACUGCAUUCAAUUUCCAGUGGGACUCGAGACCAGUCAAGAAGCCCGACUUCGAAUCAGCGAUGUGCCUGCACGAUACUCGAUACUGGCAGUAA